GUGCUAUAGAGCUUGGCUUACGAGCUGAAGUUCAAGUUCACACUGAAAAAACUCAUCGGAUCAGUGAGGAUCUAUACAGCCAGGGUAGAGAUGACUAUAGAAAUAUUUGGAAGGAGCUGUUUCUGUUUACAGGAAGUGAUGUGGAAAACAACCUACUGUGCAUGGAAAAUGAAAUAAGAAAAAACUGUUUUUGUCUACAUUGGCUUGCCGAAAAAGCAGGUUUGACUAAAUUUUAUUUAUGUUAUACAUUUAGUAUUUUCUCAAAAUAACAUUACUGUUACAUUUUGUUUUGAAGGGUACAACAAUCAUUUUGGAGUAUAUGGCUUUGAAUCCAUUACAUCUGCGUUAUAUGGGUAUACAGAACCAGUUUGUCUCUCUCCUAUAUUAAUAACAGCUGGUUGCAAUAGCAGUAUGUUUGAUUAUGAGCUUGGCAUCAAGUGUGAAUACCAUGAAGAAAUAGAAUGUACCUGUUGUACCUUGCUAACAGUGAAGCGCUGUUGUUACUGGAUGACAAAUACCUUUUCAGGCAUCUAUAAUGUUGACAUUACAGAGUCACAUUUACCAGUUAAAUCACAAUCUUCAUUUUCAGAGGUUUGCCUGGUAUAACAGCAAUAUAUAAAGUUUGUUAUGCCAGCCCAAAUUUCGUUCUACAAUAAAUCUUUCGUUAUCAGUGUUUUUGGUGGAAUGUGUCUUCUUUAUAACUGUGUUUCAAUUAUGAUGCUACUUCAUUUGUGUUUUGGGUGAGGAACAUUUUGUUUUUACAUUCUUUUAUUUCAUUCCAUUUUACCUUCAUUUUUUUACUUCGUUUCUAAACUGUUAAAUAAAAACACACUGGGCAAAUUUCUGAAGUUUUAUUAUGAAAUGUGUAAAAUUAGUUAUGAAAUAUUCAAUUGAUUUAUAACAAAAUAAGUACAACAUUGCA